UCGUCGAGCAAAUAGCAAUCAAUCCAAAGAAUACAGUAAAUAUUUCACUAUAAAAUUCAUUUCUUCCAUCAUUACAAAGUUAUAAAUCCAAUAUGAGCUUCGAUCAAUCCUCAAAUAGUAACAGUACGAACGACAAGCCGGAUAGGAAGGUGCUCGACCGCAGCAAAACUGACGACUUGCAAAUUUCGCGAACAGACAUGAACAUGUUGAUUAUGAAUUAUUUAGUCACAGAGGGCUUCAAGGAGGCUGCAUUAAAAUUCCAACAAGAGGCUGGACUGCAGGAGCCCGCUCUCUGCAGCUCCCUGGAUGAGCGCAUCAUGAUCCGUGAGGCAGUGCAGAGCGGCCGCAUCCCGGACGCCAUUGCCAUGGUCAACUCCCUUCACCCGGAGCUGCUAGACAAUGAUAGAUACUUGUACUUCCAUUUACAGCAACUGCAACUUCUGGAGCUUAUCCGCGCCGGGCGCGCCGAGGAGGCCCUAUCGUUCGCAUCAGCUACCUUAGCCGAAGCUGGCGCUAACGACCGCACGGCGCUCACCGAGCUGGAGCGCUCCCUCGCGCUUCUCGCGUUCCCGGACCCACACGCGUCGCCCUUCGCUGACCUGCUGCUGCCAUCCCACAGCCAGAAGAUCGCGAGCGAACUAAACGCAGCCAUACUAAAGAUGGAGAAUCAAGAAUACACCAACCCCAAGCUAUGCAGCCUUCUGCGCAUGAUCCUCUGGUCCCAGAGCGAAUUAGACAAGCACAAUAUCAAGUACCCAAAGAUGACCGACCUAGCCAAUGCCACUAUAGAGAAUCCAAGUUUUAAGUAAGCUUCAAUGUGGUUUAUUUAUAAAUUUAAUGUAUUUUAUUACCAUUGUAAUUUUUACAUAACACUCAAUUACUAAGUAAAACAGUUCCAUUUAAUUUUACAAACAUUGUUGCAAAACAAAUGGAAACUUUCAUCUGGUAAUGAAUUAAGCAGUAAAUAGGUACUAAUUUUAAUUACCAUGCUAUUAGUAUAUACCAUCCAAUGUUGUGUUCCAUCUUUAUCCAAUGUAGUUUUUCACAUGGGUAAAUGUAUAUUGCUUAACAGAUCUAAUUUGAAUGGAGAAGAUGAAUUAUAAAUUGUGAUGAAAUAAUCAAGGUUUCUUAUUAUAAAUUAUCAUAUAUUUUUAUUGAUCACAACCAGUGUUAGCCGAAAUGUUAAUGCAAUUGAAAAUGUUGGCCAUUAACCAUUAUAAAUUGAACCGUAAACCGUAACGGACGAUUACAGUUUACGAUUCAAUUUAUAAUGGUUAAUGGCCAACAUUUUCAAUUGCAUUAACGUUUCGGCCAACACUGAUCACAACAUACAUAAACUCUAUUAAUCAUAGACAAAUUUAGAUUGUACUGGAAAGUGUUCCAUAUUUUACAAAUAUGGAACACUUAUUUUUUUCCCGACUAAGACAAAGGAAGUGAUAUGAUUCUAGCAGUCUACUGUAGCGUUUUGUGGCAGGUGCCACUGGUGGCAUAGGCUAAAUUUUAAUUUAAUUUUUAAAUUAUCUACGAUAGAGAAAAUCCGUAGUCCGGUUAAAGUUUUUAAAUUAACUUUUUUUUUAAUAAUUCUAAUACACAGUAACUAUUACAGUAGUAAAGCCCAGGACUAGCAUUGCAAAUAAGUUAUAGGAUUUCCAAGGAUUUGGGAGGUGGAAAAACUAAACUAAAGGAUAUUCUCUGCACUUGUGUAGGUACAAACAGCAACACUCUGAACUGCCCAUCGAUGGACCUUAUUACAAAAGGCAUAAGGUCCACCGAUAAGGCGAUGGAACAUACUACUAGGCGCCUAGGCGCGGAUUUAAAUCUUGAUUUCUCGGAACUCAUGCACAUACCAUUAGUACCAUUUAAAUCGACUUAUGGCCAUAAGGUCACGUCACGUCACGCCGUAAUGUGGACUUGCUAUAUAUUAUAGUAGGAACAUCUAGUAAUAAUACGAAUAAUACAAACAAUAAUAUCGAAGGCUGGUAUUCCAUCUACCCAAUUUCUUUAUCCAAUGUGUAUUGCGUCUCAUAUUUUGCUUGCAUGAGAGAAUGAGACGCACUGACAUUGGAUAUGUGGAAUACCACCCUCACACAAUAGGGCAGCCAAAAAGUCCUUAAUUCCAAGAGGGCAAAUAUUUGUGAUACCUCAAAAAUACUUUUGUUUACAAGUACAGUCCGUAACGAUUUGUCGGUUCUAGGUUUCAUUUGUAUGUAAAAAAAAUUUAAAUUGAAGUGAUAGGAAUUCAUAGUUAACCUUAGAAUACCUCAGAGUAAUAGAUUGGACUAGAUUAAGAAAAUCUAUUAAAUAUUAAUCGUCACUUAAAAUGUAUUUAAAAAUAAGGUUUUUGUAUGUAAUGUUUAGAAAUAAAGUAUGAAU